AUGGAUACUAAUAUGGGAUUAAAAGUGUCCAGUUCAAAAACUGCCGCGACAUCGGAUGCUGAACAAAUAUCUAAAUUACGAGCAUCACAGUCACCCAUAGCAAUAUCAGUGAACCGGUGUCCGACCUGGUCAUCAUUAGACCCUCUAAAGUUCAAAGGCUACUGGAAUAAUGACUCCCACGGGGUUCUUCUUAACACUGGACAGACGGCAUAUUUCACAUUUGACUCUGCAACACGGCCGAUACUGAGUGGUGGUCCGCUGAUAGGGGAGUACAUAUUUGAGCAGAUGCACUUUCAUUGGUCGGUUGAUGACUUCACUGGCUGCGAACAUGUGCUUGAUGGACAUGGAUAUGCAGCAGAAUGUCAUCUCGUACAUUACAAUAGUAAAUAUGAAUCUAUGGAGGCAGCUGUGGCAAACCCUGAUGGUUUGGCAGUCGUGGGAUUUCUUCUAGAAGCAGUGGAUGCACCUAACCCAAGCUUUGACUGGUUUGUUGAAGCCUUGGAUCAGAUUAAGAAGCAAGAUAAUGCUGUUCAAUUACCUUCGGCGUCAUUAGCUUGGAUGGAUCGAGCGGAAGUAACAACUGGUAGCUACGUCACGUACAAAGGAUCAUUAACAACGCCGCCAUACACAGAAUGUGUUACUUGGAUCAUAUAUGAGAAACCAGUCCAGAUUGGUAGCGAACAGCUGGGACUUUUAAGGCAAUUGGAGGGUGUCGAUAAAACGCCAAUCGAACGGAAUGUAAGGCCCACUCAAAGGCAUCCACCCGGACACUCCGUUAUUUACGUUAAACAAGUGAAAGCGAAACUGUGA